AUGGAUAUCGCAUACGACCACAUCCAGGAGGAGAUCCUUACUUCUCAGCAGGAAGAGGGCUCCUCCUCCUCGAACACGAACAGCGACAACAAAAACAAAAACAUCGACCUGAAUUCCGAGCUGCAAGAGACCUUCCGCGCCUUCUCCGCCAGUCCGUGGGGCACCCGAAUCGGCGGCCUUUGGGACAACGUGCGCAAGCAGGGCGAGAGCUACUAUGAGGGUGCCCGCCAGGAAUAUUCUGCGGUCAGUGAGGAGGCAGUGAAGGGCUUUUCAACCCUGAGGGACAGCAUCGUCGACCAAACAAAGGGGCUCUCGCUCAGCACCGCAGCCAUGGCGACUAGCGGUGAGGGAUGCAAUGAUGAAGCGGCUACACCAACGGCUACGAAAGGAGGAGAGGCAGCUGGGCCCAGCGGGGAAGGGUUCAUUUCGCGGUUCAAAGCUGAGGCCGCUCGGCGACUGAAGGAGAUUGAGAAGGCCGAGGAAGCCGCAGAUGAGGCCAUAAUGCGGUUCGGAAUGAACAUUAGCCAGAGGCUGCGCGAAGCUGUCAGCAUUGUGCCACCUGAGACGGACGAAUCGGGGAAACUUCUUUUCGAGAGCAAGGACGCCGAUGGCAAACGUGUUAUACAUGCAACCCGGUUCGAGGCACAGCUGCACGUCAUCCAUUCAAACCUCGAGAGUUUCACCAAGGAGCCUGCUAGCGACAAAUUCCCGGAGUUCAAGAAGGAGUUCAAUGUUGAGAGCAAGACAGACGAAAUUGCUGCCGACCUUGAGACAUACCCCGAGUUGCGAGCGGCCAUGGAGAAGGUCGUCCCAGAGACUGUCGAAUAUGCCGAAUUUUGGACCCGUUACUACUUUCUGCGCCUGGUCAUCGAGACCGAGGAGAAGAAGCGCAAGGAACUAUUGAAUGGAGCCAAUGCCGAAGAAGAGGAAGAGAUCGGCUGGGACGAUGACUCUGACUCUGAGUCCCAGUCACCCUCUACCCCCCAAGUCCAACCCGACUCUAAGAAACUCGCUCCUCGCAACGAUUCCCCGAAGGCUGAGUCCCGAAAUUCAAAUGAUCUCCAGUCACAGGCAGACAGCGAGUCGAGUUACGAUGUUGUGAGCGGUGCCACCAGCCGGAACCCUGGUAGCCCGAAGGAAAAAUACCCGAAUACGGAUUCAAAGGCGGAUGAUAGCGACGAGGACUGGGAGUAA